AUGUUUAAUGAUCAAAAAUAUCUAAACAGAAACUCAGAAGGUUAAGCAGCUAUAAAGGUGAAAACUGAAGAUCAAACUAAAUAAAAAUCCAAGAUCGUUGCUAUAUUAAAAAGCUAUGAAUCUCUAAAAGAAUGGUCAGAUUUAGGAUAGGUAGCUCAUAACAAUUAAUAUUUAGUGGCUUCUUAAAUUGCAAGCAAUUUUUAAAUCUUACCAAGGUACAUAUAUACCAAAGAAAAAAUUAUUAUGCAAAAGGUUAGCCUAAUGUUUAAGUCCAAUUUGGAAUAAAGCUAUUCACGAAAAUACUCUUACUCUCUAUGACUUAAUUUUACAAAUACUUUGUUCAGAUUAAGAGUAUGAUUUAAUAUAGGAUCUACCAUUAUUCUCCCUUGGUCUAUUUCCUUUCUUUGGAUUUGCAUCCAUUUAAUGUAAACCUAUGUUUUUAAGCAUUCUGGAAAAAUAUUACUAUCCUUUAAAAAAAGAAUUAUUACCAUGUAUGGGUGGCUUAAUAAAUUCCAUUAUUGUAGGUAUGGAGGAUACGAAUGAGGAAAUGAUGAAAAAGGUAAUUUUUAUAAAGAAAAUAGGUAAUGUCCUCUCUUGAUUAAGCAUGUGAAAGUGUUGGAAUAAAACAAUUUUUUGGAUUAUUAUGGAUAACUAUAAUUAGAUCAGUUAGAAGUAGGUUAGGAGCAUAUAAAUAUCUAAUGAAAAGAUGGACAAAGUAAUAAUAAAUUGAACUGAAUGAGAAUGAAAUAAAAGAAGAUGAUAAAAUGCCUAAUAAAAGUGCUUUAGUUAUUAAUGCUCUUUUGGCAUCAUUAGAUGAUGAAUCUUCAUUAGUAAAAAGAGCAGCAUUAGAUUUUAUGUCUUUGCAUUGUAAAAUUUAAGAUAAAAUAUUCUCAUAAUAAGAAUAAUUAAUAUUGAUUGAAUAAGCCUUAUUAUUAUUUUAAAAAUAAGAUCAUGCAGUUAUUAGAAGAAUAAACAAUUGGUUAAUAGGAGAAGAAGAACUAACUGAAAAGAAUCCUAAUAUAUUUUAUGUGUAAGAAGGAUUAAAGAGAAUAUUAAUUGAAGAAUAAGGUGAUCCAUUAAAAGUCUUAUAGAAUUGGUAUAUGUAACAUCCAGAAACAGUUUAAUUAACUCUAUUUUAAAUUGGAUAUUCACUUGCAAAAUAUAUAUAUUAAAAGACUAUCUUAUUGGAAAAUUAGAAUUAAACUGAAAAAUUAGCAGAAUUAUUGAAAGGAGGUGAAAGACUUAUUGAGAGUAUAUCUAGUCAAAGUGAAUUAAUUAUCAAAUCUUUAUUUGAGUAAUUAAAUAAAUAUAUGAAAGAGUAAAAGUAAGAUUAAAUUAAGGAAUGUAUUCUUAUUUAUGACUUUUGUCUUAAUAAUUUAAUGAAAUAAUAAUUUUCAGAUCUAUCAAAAAUAGAGGAUUUAUAAUUAUUUUAAUAAAGAACUGAAUGUUUAUAAGAAUUUAUUAUAAUAGUAAUAAAAGAGUUGAUGAAUUUGACUUGUGAAUAAGUUUUUGAAUCUUCAAUAUCUUAAUUAUUAUUGGAAUAGACUGUGGAUUGUAUUAAUAAAAUAAGAAAAAGAUUAGAAAUGUUAGAAAAUGAUAAAGAAUUAUAGGCAAUUUUAGGAAGCAAUUACAAUAAAUAAGUAGAGCCAUCAAAAAAUUCGAUAUUAGUUUAAUUAAAUUAAAUUGAUAUUGAUAUCAUCUCUUAGUAUUGUAAUUAUUAUAUUUAAAUUAAUGAAUACUCAAUUAUUAAUGAAUAAGAAACAUUAUUUUCAAUUUUAUCACUAAUUUUACUAAGAUCAUAAUUAUAUUUAAUGAAACAAGGAAAUUAUUAAUAUAAUGAAAUUCCUAGUUGGAUUAAACAAUUAUUUAAAUCAUUAGAUUAAGGAACAAAUAAAAUAAAUUUAUGUUCCAUUUAAAUUUUAAUAGAACUACUUAAAACAUCUUCACUCCAUUAAAAUAUAAAGUAAUUAACUGAAAUGAUAACAAAAAAUAGUUAUUAAGAUUUAGAACCUUUUCCCUAAAUUUUAUCUUUGUGUAUGGAUUAAACAACGUAUCAUUAUUAGAAUUGUGAUAAUUAACAUAAUUAUAUCAAGUAAAUAUUUGAAAAAUUAUGGGUACUUUUAGAUUAAAAUUAUCAUGAUUAGAUGAUUGUUGAAUUUAUACUAUAUAUAACUGAAAAUUUUCAGCAUGUUUUUGUUUAUGUUAUAGAGUAAUCUUUAAAAUAAGGUGAUUAAAGAAGAUUUUAGAUUUAUUGUAGGAUAACAAAUACUUAUUAUAAAAGACAUCCAAAUAAAAAUACUGGAGUUGGAAUUAUUCAAAUGUUAAAUUUUUUAGAACAUGAAAAUCCUUUAAUUAGAUAUAAUACUAAAACUUGGUUAUCUGAAUCAGCUCCUUUCUUUUUCAGAAUAUUAGAUCCAAUAAUGUUAAGAUUAAUUAGUUUUUAAAAAGAUAUUGAAAAAAAAAAUGAAUUUUCACUUGAUUUAGCUGUUGAUUCAAUAAAAAAAUUGUAAUCAUUAUAUUCAUCGAAAGAAUGGUUUUAACCAUAUAUUGAAAAAACUAAACCAACAUUUUAUGAAGAUGAGAAUAUCAAUACAUAUUAUAAAUUAAUAUGUUUAACCCUUAUUUAAUUUAUAGUGGCUGAUUUUUAAAAUAAUGAAUAUACAAAAAUAAAUGCUAUUAGUGCAGAGCUUUUAGAAAUUGUUAUAAAUAAUACAAUAAAUGAAAAGAGUAAAACCUAAAUUUUGAUUUCAUAUUUUAAUAUCAUUUUAAAUAAGUUUGAUUAAGUAAUAAAAAGUAGAGAUUAAGUAUUAUAAUUAUAACUGUUAAAUUUAGUUAAAGUUUUCUUGCUUCAUACAUAUGAAUUAUAAAAAGAUUUGACACCAGAAAAUAAAGUAAAAUUAAUAGAUAUUUAUGAUUAAUAACUCUUUUUUGAUAAUCUUGUAAUUGGAUUAAAAUUAGCUAAAGUUUACUAUCUUAAAUAAAGAUAUUUAAAUACUAUAGUUGUUGGGAUUUAUUCUAUAAGUUAUUUAUUGCCUCCAAAGAUAAUAAAUGAAAAGAUUACAUUGAUAAUAACAACUUUAUUAGCAUUACUAAAAUAAUGUGAAUAUAAUAGUAGUCAAAUAGUAAAAUCAUUUAGACGUAUUUCAAAUGUGAAAAUUUUAAAAAAUCAGAAACCUGAAUUUAAUACUAAUAAUUUCUAAUAAGUUAAUAUUUAAUAAUUAGAUAAUGAAUAACUUUAAAUAAAAACAACACUAUCUGGAGAUGAUUUUGAAGAAGUAAUGUCAUUAUCUAAUUCUAUAAGAGCAAUAAUUUGUUAUUUUUUCUAAUUCAAAUAUGAUUCUAAAGAAAUUGAUCAAAGACCAAAUGCAGCAGGUGUUUUGGUAGAUUUAUUUACACUUAAUCUUUUUUUCAAAAAAACUGAUAAAUAAUUAAAAUUAUAAAAAUAACAAGAAUAAUUAUAAUUUGAAAACUUUCCUGAUACUUGUUAGAUGCUUUUAAAAUUAUUUCCAUAAAUUAUAUAAUCCUAUUUAGAAUGUUGGAGAUGUACUUUAAAAUGGGAUCAUCUUUUUAAUAAAGGUUGUUUCAUUUAUGAAUAUGAUAAAUUUGAUUAAUUUAAUAAGUAGCUUAAAGAUUAAUUAUGUAAAUAAGAAGAAGAUUAUUCUGAUGAAGAUUAAAUUUAGUAAUCGAUAUUAUAAUUAUUAAAACCUUGUUCAACACAGUUUACUACUAAAUUAAUAUAAUCCUUAUUAUUAAUAUGGUAAAAUGAAUAUUCAGUCAAUUUUUAUGCAGAUCCUAAAAUUAAUAUUAAUAUGUGUAAACUUAUUGAAAUAGCAAUAACUCUUUAAAUAUCUCCAGAUGAUUUUAUUGCUGCAUUUAUUAAUACAUAAUAAAUUCAAGGUAUAAUAUCGUAUUACUAAAAAAAUAAAUAUAAAAAAGGUCCAUAUCAAUUUAAUUAUGAUUAAGCAACAUUUGAAAAUGGUAUAUUAUUCUUUUUAUAUACUUAUUUUUCAUCAGUUUUAUUUUAAAAUCUUAAAAACAGAGAAUUGAUUAAAUUAUGGAAUGGUUUUCUAUCAAUUUCAAAACCCUUACUAUAAUCUAGACAUAUUAAUACAAUAUGUUUUUUAUUGGAAAUCAUUCAUCUAAUGUCAUGGAAAUUCUCUCCAAAAGAUGUCUUGGAAGAAUUCAGAAAAGAGUUACAUACAUAAUUAAGAUAGAUCUUGGUAAUUUUGGCUGAAAUAGCAUCUAUGUAAUAUUAAUAUGUGACUUUUACAUCAUCUUCACUUGAAAACUUUAAUUAAUCUUAAUUUGAUUAAAAUUUAUAACUUAUUGUCCCUUUCACUCCAACUAUAUUUGAACUCUAUACUGAAUAUUAUUAAUUAAGAUAAAAAGAUGUUGAAAAAACAGAAGAAGGAUGGAAUGAAUGUUUUGUUUAAAGAAAUUUAUUUGAUCCAUAUCAAUAGAAAGGUUUGAAAUUAGAAUAACAAGAUUUCUCUAAGAAAUGUUCAAUUAUGGCCUUAAAAACAUUAAAAAGAUUAUCAUAAGUUACUUUAAUAAACACUUAUGAAGUAUCAAGAGGAGAAAGAAUUGUUGAAAAUACUAAAGAAUUUAUGACAUUAAUCUUUCCUUUGAUUGAAGAUAAAGAUAACUAAAUUAUAGUGGAAUCAGCUUCAGAAUUACUACAUUCUAUACUCAAACUUUCAAAAGAUUAACUUUCUUAAUUAUUUUUAAAUGAUAUUUUAAAUAUCUUCAAUAAAUAAGAAUUUUUUAAGUGCACAGGUAGAUGUUUAAAAUUCUGGACUGAAAUUAUUGAUAUAAUAUCAGAAAAAACAGAUUUAUUGACAGAAUAAUUGGGAAAUAAUUCAAAAAUUCUUUAAGGAUUUACUGGGUUAUUUCAGAGUAAAUCAGCAGAAAUAUUAAAAAAGACAAAAGGAUUUGAAAGAGUUUGUUUUAUAAUCUAUUCAGGAGGUGUAGAUAAAUAUUAAUCUAAAUUGUCUAGUUUAUUAGAUGCAAUUUUAACAGUAAUUAAGGAUAUUAAUUAACAGCAUGAAGCAAUAACUAUAUUAAUUAUUUUUUGUAUCAGAAUCUUAGUUUUAAGAUUAAGUUAAUCAUCAUUAACAUAAGUCUUUCGAAAAAUAUGGCCUUAUUUAAUUAGUAUGUUAAUCUAAAUUUUUGAUAGAAAGGGAAAAUAAGCAAAUCCAUAUUUGUUGAUUUCAGGUUUAAAACUAAUAGAACUUUUCUCAUUGUUUCAACUUGAAGAGUUCUAUUUUUAUGAAUGGAUAUUUGUAUUUGAUUGUAAUAUAUUAUGAUAUUAUAUUAGAUUUUGGUAUAACAAUUAACUUUCAAUAAGUGGAAUAAUAAUAAUAAUAAUAAUAAUAAUAAUAAUAAUAAUAAAAAGUAAAAAUUGUAACUCCAUAUAAAUUUAUACCUUAUAUGGCUUAUCAAUUUCCUAUUACAGCCCAAUAUAAUGUUGAUUAUGAAAAUAAAUUAUAUCCAGAUUAAUAUUAACAGAACUUAUUAAAGAAAAAACGUUUAGUGAAAAUUAAAGAUGUCUAAGAAGUUCAAGUAUCAAUUGUUUAUGUUAUAUUGUAGGAAUUUGAAUCUAAGUUAAGAUAACAAGCAUUAUACUUAUGCCAACAUUUAAUUGAUAUAAAUCAAUAAAGAGUGGAAGUCAGUCCAUAGUCCUUAGAGGAAAUAAUUGAAGCUGAAUUCAUAAGUUUAGAUGAUUACAUAAGUAGAAUAUAAUGAUU